ACGCUUGAAAGCAGUAUGGAUGAGAUUUUCUUCCAGUUCUCCUCCAAUUCCGACCCUCAAAACACAAUCCCACAAGAUGAGACUUUGGAUUUUGUUCCCAUGGGAGGCAGCAGUAGUAAUAUGGCAAGUAGAGGCCGGCAGAGAGAAAAUAGUAACGACGGCGAUAAGAAAAAGUCGAUGCAUAGGGAUAUUGAAAGGCAAAGAAGGCAAGAAAUGUCCACCCUUUAUGCUUCUCUCCGAACCCUUCUCCCUCUUGAGUACAUCAAGGUUUACUUUUCAUGGGGUUUUCAGGGAAAGCGUGCAAUAUCAGAUCAUAUGAAUGAAGCAGUAAGCUAUAUAAAGGACCUGCAGAAGAGGAUCGAGGAACUGAGUGCCAAGAGAGACGAGUUAAAGAAAGUAUUGAUCGAUUCGAGUGGUUUUCGCCGAGGGACGAGCUCGGACGAGGCUUUCCCGAGCAGUGUCGCGGUUCGCCAAUCUUUGGACGGUGUUGAAGUUGUGGUCAGCACCGGUGUUGUUGCUCAAGCUUUGACCCUCUCGAGGGUUCUACAACUACUGCUCGAGGAAGGACUUGAUAUUGUCAACAGUAUCUCUACCAAGAUUGAUGGAGGACUGAUUCACACCAUAAAACUUGAGGUUAGUGAUCUGAGAGGCGUUGAAGUACCUUACCUGGAGCAGAAACUGAAAGAAGAAAUUUCAACCUUGACUAAAACUACCUAGCUAAUAUUAAACCAUGUCAUCCUCUUUAAUGGAGAUU